GUCAAUUCUCAAGUUCUACAACUGCAACGUAGAAUCAGCCUCAUUGAAGGUAUAGUUUAAUUAACACAUGCCUUUUUUACUAUGAACUCAAGCUAAAGGAUCUUUUAAGCUUUUACUAUAAUUUUAGCAUUAAUUUUGUCCUUCAAUAGACCAAAAGCUACAAAAAGCUGUCAUCAUGCGUUGGAAGAAUUUUAUAUUUUCAAUUAAUAUUGGGGUUGAAACUUCAAUACAAUAACGCCAAUCUCUUUUUAACUUCAUACCUAUAGUUAAUUUGGUAUACAAUAACAUACAAUAAUUUAUAUUUACGACCUCUGUAUAUUCUCUGGCCAAGGCCCAACCUGUAUUGCUCGGCGACUCGUGCCAAAAUUUGAUGGGAAUCAAAUUUAAUUAAGUUCAGAAUGUUUCAUGACCUUGAAUAAGUUUAAUGGAGAGCCAAAACGAUGAGUGGUGAGACUACUUCAAGGUCUCCAUUCACUAAAAUAACAGGAUAAGUGAUAUUGAAAGUUUAACUAUCUGCGAAGUUUAGUCGACUGCGGGUCUACCAUCGACCGCUCCAAAAUAUAAAGAUGCUGUGGAAAUAUUAAAGAAUAGAUUUGCUUAGAAACAAAUUAUUAUUAACACUCAUAUGGAUGCAUUGUUGAAAUUAGAGCCAGCUAGAAUUAAACAUAAUCAUAAAUUUAUAUUAUGAUUAUGUUUACUGCAUUAAACAUAAUCAUAAAAAAUUAAUAGGCUAUUGGUACACGUCAAAUUACGUCCUAGUUGUUCGGGAAAAACGAAGCUGCGUACUAAAUUUACAACUUUGCACCAAUCCUCAUUCUCAGGCUAUUAUCUGUGGAGAUUUCACCGUAAUUCAAAAAUGACUUAUUUUACGGUUUGGAUUCGAUCACAUAGAAAAAAUAUUAUUUAACAUGUCUUGAAAGAGACAUAGGUUAAAAAACUCAAUACGAACAAACCAAACUAUGAAUAACGGUCCUCUGCACAGCCGCGAUAUGUACGUAGACUCUAUGCACUGUUAUUUUAUAGAACAAUAUCCAAGAAUCAGGCUUAAUGGAGCAAGUAGCAAGAACCGCGGAAGAGUAGAAGUGUAUAAGCAACCACGUGGUUGGGGUACAGUUUGUGACGAUGGUUGGGAUAUUAACGAUGGUCAUGUUGCGUGCCGGCAGUUGGGCUUUUCCAGGGCUACUGCAGUGUACCAAAGUGCCCAUUACGGUCCAGGAUUAGGUCAAAUAUGGCUUGAUAACUUGGCAUGUACUGGAAAAGAAACUUAUUUGUGGGAUUGUCCUCAUAAUGGAUGGACUGCGCACAACUGUGGCCAUCGUGAGGAUGCAAGUGUGGAUUGUCAGUAA